AUGACAAGUGAAAAAGAACAACCCAUUUAUACUCAUAUGGUUGUUGUACCUGAGUUGAGAAUCACAAAUUUGGUUGAUUUGAACAAUCUUCCAAACAAUGAACCAUGUGGUAAUUCAGAAAGUGGAGUAGUUGAGUUGAGUAGCAAUGAACAAGAAGCAAUUACUAUUGAAAACGAUUUUGAACCUUUUAUAGGGCAGUGUUUUCUAAGUGAGGAAGAAGCUUUCAAAUUUUAUGAGAAUUAUGCCAAAAGGAGUGGGUUCUCAAUUAGAAAAGGUAGGUUUGUUAAUAAAAAUGGGAUAAUGCACAGGAGAGAUUUGUUUUGUCACCGCGGAGGAUUUCCUGAUAAAAAAAUUCAAGAUCCGUCUAAAGAACAACGAAAUAGACCAUCUUCGAGAUGUGGAUGCAAGGCAAGCAUGACAAUCAAAUUGAAGAAAUCCUUCGAGAUUUUUCCAGAAGAGUGGCAGGUUUUUGAAUUUAUAUCUAACCACAAUCAUGAUUUACUACCUUCAGAUCAAGUGCACUUCCUUGCAUCUUACCGCAAAAUUUCUAAGGAAGAAGAGAAGCGGAUAUUGCUAUUAAAAGAAGCCGAUCUUUCAGUCAAGCAAAUAAUGCGUGUUAUGGAGCUUGAGAAAAAUGUAAAACAUGGAGAUCUUCGAUUUCUUGAGAAAGAUAUUCAUAAUUUCUUUAAUAAGAUUCAUCAAGAUAACAUGAAUGGUGAUGCUAAUGAUCUUUUACAACUUUGUAAGUUAUCCAAGGAAGAAAACUCAUGCUUCCAAUUUGAAUUUACGGUUGAUAAAGAAAAAAGACUAGAAAAUAUAUUUUGGUCUCCACCUCAUUGUUUUGAAUUGUACCAACAGUAUGGAGAUGCUGUUGCAUUUGAUACUACUUACAAGGUAAAUACUUAUAAUAUGCCUUUUGGCAUUUUUGUUGGAGUCGACAAUCACGGCAGAACAAUAUUGUUUGGUUGUGCGCUCAUUCGAAAUGAAACGGUGUCUACAUUUCAAUGGUUAAUGAAAACUUUUGUUACUCUCAUGAAGAAGCCUCCAAAGACAAUCAUUACUGAUCAAGAUCCAUGGAUGACUCAAGCUAUUGCUUUUGAAAUGCCAUCCACAAAACAUGCUUUUUGUAUAUGGCACAUUACUGCUAAAUUUAGUGGUUGGUUUACUUCAAUUCUUCGAAAUAGAUAUUUCUCAUGGUGUGCUGAUUUUUAUAAGCUUUACAAGCUUGACAAUAUUGAUGAUUUCGAAGAAGAAUGGAUUAUAAUUGUUUCCAAGUACAAUCUAGAAGCAAAUAAGCACAUAAAAGGCUUGUAUGAAGUUAAGCAACAUUGGGUUCCGGCGUAUCUUCGUGGACAUUUCUUUGGGGGCAUGACAACAACUGGAAGAUCAGAGAGCAUAAAUGGAUUCCUAAAACGCUUUACUUCAUCUCGUUCAUGUUUAACUCAACUUUUCAAACAAGUUGAUCUGGCCAUUGAGGACAUUGGGCAAAAACAAUUACAUCAUACCAUGUUGGAUACAUACAGGGGAUCAUCACUUCGAUCUUUAUCCCCGUUAGAGGAGCAAGUUUACAAUAUUUUCUCAAAAUAUGCUUUCAAGAAGUUUCAGGAGGAGUUUGAGAGGGCAACUCAAUACAAGAUUUGUGAAGAAAAUCAUGUAGAAUUUACUGUGAAAUAUUACAAGGAGCAACAUUCACAAAAGCAUAAAGUCUUAUGGGAUGGUGAUGUGGUUGGUUGUAGUUGCAAGCACUUUGAGUUUUGGGGUAUUCUUUGUCGUCAUGUAUUGACAAUAUUCCUUCAUAAAGAUUGUUUUGAGAUUCCAACAAGUUACUUGCCAUUACGUUGGUGUCGUGAUGAAUUUCAAAGACCGGUUGAAGUAAAUAUGAUGCUUAGUGAAGGAGGGCCUAUUGAGAAUGUGGAGAAUACAGUGGACUUAAUUAAAAAUCCGCCAAGGUCUAAUACAAAAGGUCGUCCCAAAACAAAACGAUCAAAAGGAGGAAUGGAAUUGUCAAAGAGAGCAAGAAGUUGUACUUUUUGCAAGAGAAGGGGGCACAAUGUUACAACUUGUCCGGACAAAGAAAGUUAUGUUCAACCAACAAUCACCAAGAAGAGGAAGAAUGAAGAUCAAACACAACAAAAUUUGAAUCCUGUUUUUUAUCUAAAGUCUUAG